AUGCAGCCUCUUCGUCGUAAGACUCCUCUUUUCAACUCAGAAAUAGGAGCAAUGAAGGCUCGCAAGAACAGUAACCUUUCCAUUUUUGUGGUCGUUUUUUCCAUUUUCCUCUUUGGGAUAUUCAUGUACAACGAAGACGUUAAAUCAAUAGCUGAAUUUCCAUUCUCAAGGCCUAAAGUUCAAGAAGCCCAUCAAGAAAAUUCCAAAAAGGUUGAGUCUUUACGUAAGGAGACAGAGAAAGUGGUUCUUGUAGAAGAAGACAGUACUGUUGUUGAUGAUACCAAGAAAGAUGUUGUAGAAGAAACUGUUACUAAAAACUCAAGAACUAAGCUUGAGAAAAGUGAGGAUGGUGAUGAGGAUUCUGAUGAACAACAAGAACGUGUCGAGGUGAAAAAGGUUGUGAUGACAGAGAAAGAAGACAAGAUUGAAUUGUUAGAAGAAGAGGAAGAAGAGGAAGAAGAAGUUGAGUUGCCACCAAAAGAUUGUGACUUGUUCAAUGGUGAAUGGGUUUUGGAUAACAUGACACAUCCUUUGUAUAAAGAAGAAGAAUGUGAAUUUCUCACUUCUCAAGUUACAUGUAUGAGGAAUGGAAGACGUGAUUCUUUGUAUCAGAACUGGAAAUGGCAACCUAGAGAUUGCUCUAUGCCAAAGUUCAAGCCAAGAUUGUUGUUUAAGAAGAUAAGAGGGAAAAGAGUAAUGUUUGUUGGAGACUCUCUGAAUAGAAACCAGUGGGAAUCAAUGGUUUGUAUGGUUCAAUCUGUGGUUCCUUCUGAUAAGAAGACUUGGUACAAGACUGGUUCUCUUGCAAUCUUGAAAAUUGAGGAGCCAGAGAAUGUAAUUACUACGGUGGAAUUCUACUGGUCCCCAUUUCUUGUAGAAUCAAAUUCAGAUGAUCCAAAUAUGCAUAGCAUAUUGAACCGAAUAAUAAUGCCGGAAUCAAUUGAAAAGCAUGGGGUGAAUUGGAAGAAUGCAGAUUAUCUUAUCUUUAAUACCUACAUAUGGUGGAUGAACACUUUCAAUAUGAAAGUAUUACGAGGAUCGUUUGAUGAAGGGGCGACAGAAUAUGAUGAAGUCCCUAGGCCGGAAGCAUACGAGAGAGUGAUGAGAACAUGGUCAAAAUGGGUGGAUGAACACAUUGACCCUAAUAGAACCAAAGUUUUCUUCACUGGCACGUCACCUCUUCAUAUCAAGAGUGAGGACUGGAACAACCCUGAUGGCAUAAAAUGUGCUAAAGAAACAACUCCGAUUCUAAAUAUGUCGGCCCCGUUGAAUGUGGGCACGGAUCGUCGACUUUUUGUGAUUGCUGACAAUGUGACAAAAUCAAUGAAGGUUCCGGUGUACUUUCUUAACAUCACAACGUUAUCGGAGUAUAGAAAAGAUGCACAUACUUCUGUUUAUACAAUACGUCAAGGAAAGAUGCUUACACCAGAACAACAAGCUGAUCCAACUACUUAUGCAGAUUGUAUUCAUUGGUGUUUACCAGGAUUACCAGACAUUUGGAAUGAGUUUCUUUAUACGCAAAUCAUCUCGCAAUCUUGA